AUGACCCAAAUGCGAAAUGCAAACGUUGCUGGUCCACAUCUCUGCAGAGCUCAUAUGUCCGUGGGAAAGUACCUGGCAAUUGAAUUCUUGUCCGACAUUAUUGGCGUUGAAGAGUAUUCCAUUCCACAUGUUCUGGGAUAUCAGACAAGUGGUCAUCAGCUAUACCAUGAAAAUCAAACGUUGAUUGUGGCGGUAAUGCGGGCAGGAGAGCCCAUGGCUCGUGGAGUUUGGGAGAGCUUUCCUAAGUCAUCUUUUCUGCAUGUGAAAUCACCAGAGGAUGUUAAGCCUCACCAUGUACAGGGGAAAGUCACCAUCAUCCUAGUUGACUCCGUGAUCAAUAGCGGCAAGACAGUAGCCGAGUUUCUAGGACGGAUCCAAAUCUUACACUCUACCGUCCGCAUUGUGGUGGUUGCUGGCGUUGUUCAGGCAGAAUGCAUCUCCAGGCGAGCCCUCACGCAAAAGCUUCGCUACGGAGCAAAGGUGACUGUUGUUGCUCUCCGGGUAUCACAGAACAAGUAUACAGGCAGAGGCUCUACCGACACUGGAAAUAGGCUUUUCAACACGACCUCCUUGCCUUGA